GCAGUGGGCGAGGUUUAGCUGUAACGUUACAAGACAAAAGAAAACGUUAAACGAAAACAAAGCGGGGCGCCUUGAUCUCCUGUCCAGCGUUUCCUGACCGGUUUGGAUCAUAUCCACUGGCAGGGCUUCGUUUUUAUCUCCAGUAUUACUAACGCGCUGAUUUACGAAGACAUGCAAAUAAGGACAAGCGGAAAAUUGCCUCCUCCUGAAAGAGCAGAGAUUAUUGAAGAGGAAUGAUCUAAUAGUGUAAACGAGGUAUUGUUUAUAGUUUCUUCAAAAGCAGAGGAUACAUUGAAGAACAGCGCUGACGCACUCUUCUGUUCAUUUUUCCGGACAUUUGAUUUGAGCGGUGACAGUUUGUCGCAUUUAUAAAAGGUCAUCCGUGUGCUCAAAACACCUUAAAUAUAAGAAAGGCUGUGCAUUUAAUAUCAGUUGGAUAUCUUGGAAAUACAUGAACAAAACAACAGCACCGGGCCUGAUAUAGUGAGAGCGUGUUUGUAUUUUGAGGAGGGAAAUGAACGGGUUUCAGUGCAGUCCAGCGGAGUGUCCGGCUGGCAGCGUCUGCCCCGUUGAAGGUUUGCCCCCGUUACCGAAAGGACUGAGCGGUAUCCUAAACUCCAGCGGCGGGUCCUGGCGGGACAUUGAGAAGGUCUACAGCAAGAGGACCCGCAUCCAGGCGGACAUCAGCAAGUCCAGGGUCAGCGACUGCCUCGAGCGCAGCAAACCGGCCAGUCUGGACGCAGCGCUGGCUGUUCUGCGCAAAGACAUGGUUGGCCUCCGGCAGUUAGACAUGUCCUUGCUGUGCCAGCUGUGGUCUUUAUACGAGUCCAUCCAGGAAUACAAAGGAGCCUUCCAGGACAUCUCGUCCUCCCUCUGCGAGAGCUCCUUCAACACCGAAAAUGGUUAUUCUGAAGAAGAAGAGGAGGAAGAUGAAGACGACCAUGAAGCAGAGAGAGGAGACACACCGCUAUCCUUUCCUCAACCCGCACAAAACUCCAGAGACCAGUGGAUCAAAGACUCCUUCCACAUCCCCAUUUAAAUCAAGCAUGAGUCCUGGAUCUGACGUCCCACGAUCCUCUGUGACAAACAUGACCCCAUUGUUUGAAGGACAGAAUGAAACAAGGCAUUUAUUUUUGUAGGAUACCAUUACAAUGGAUAUUGUAGGUUUGGAAAACCGUGUGAAGUAAAACAACCGGAUGAGGACUGACAGGAAGAGGAUGUUAUGGCCAGAAACAGUCUGGGAUGUUUAUUGCUUAUGGUAAAGAGUGUAUGCAUCAAAAAACAAAAUUAGAGACAUGCCUUACGUAU